UUGUCCUUAAUGAUGUCCCGUAACACAAACAAGACUCUUGUAACCAGGGCAGCAGCGCCGUUGGUCUCUCCGCAAACAUGAGAGAGGAGUCUUAACAGGAGCAAGCUAUGUAAGAAAGAAAGCAGAAAAUCAUGGAGAACUCACACUGGGCCAACGUCUUGGUCAACUCCUGUCAAAAAACACCCGUCAACCCAUAUACAAAAAGUCCAGCUGCCCAGUAUGAGAGGGGAAAAGCGACCAGGGCGUCUCGGCAAAGCGAGACAAAUUCAUGCCGGCGAUACUACGAGAAGGAGAAUGAAUCUGAAUGUGAUUCUUACACUGAGGAAAAUAAGAGGUCCAUUUUGUUAAAGGACUACAGAGCACCUGGGACUCAGCCAGACUUCACCAAUGAGGAGUAUUACAGGAAGCUAGAGGAGCUGAAGAAUGCUCACCUGGACACCAUGGCCCAGCUUGAAAAGAUGUAUCAAAAUAAGUUGAAACUAAAAGGAGUAGUGGCUCCUGACAAUGAAUAUGACAAGACAGAAUUACACGGCAGAUCCCAAUGGAAGAAGACUCCAAACACACCAACGGCCUUUUCAGCAAGCGAGCUGAACUAUAAUGUUUGCUGUAGUUUGUCAGAUGCAUCAGAUGAAUUUAUAGUAGAUAAUGAGACAGAGAAUCAGGAAACAGGAAUUGUUUUGUCUCCAAGGGAACACAUAAAAAGUAUGUGGGAUGGGUUUUCCAUAGGGGACUAUGACUCCAGUGAGAAAUGUCAGUUGCUACGUACUCCAAGAAUCCAGAAGACUAAAAGAAAAUCAAAAGACUGGAGCCCAAAGAUCACAGUACCUGAGCCCUUCCACAUGACUGUUCGAGAAGCAGAGAAAAAAAAGAAAAACUUCAAGUCCAGAUCGGAUAUAGAAAUGGAGACCUGCCUGCUGAAGAAGCAGCUGGAGGAGCUGAUGGAAUCUCAGAAGAAGUUCAGAGCCAACCCAGUGCCUUCCCACGUAUACCUCCCCCUUUAUGAGGAAAUUGUCGAGAGGAAUGAGGAGAGGAGGCAGUUUGUGAAAGAGAGGACCAAGGAGCUUGUGUUGGCUUCUCAGAAACCUUUCAGCUUCACCGAGAGGGAGGAAAAAAGGAAAGAAAGAAAAAAAGCUCACGUCAAGGAUCUCGCACCAAAAAGGAAAAAGACCACCUUUAAAGCAAAACCUGUGCCUAAAUACCUUAAUGACCCGACAAUCAGUGAUCGACUCAAGGAAGAGGAACUUUAUCGCAAGAUUAAGAUGCAGAUGAGGUCACAAGAACUACUGUACAGUUCCUCCUUGCCUAGAAGCAUGCUGACCUGCAGUGCCUCUGGGAAAAGGAAGGAAAAUUCAACAGGUAUUGACAAAGAGACAGAUUCACGACCACAGAUCAACACUGAAACUCCCGACUUUGAGGCAAAGUAUAGAAGGUUUCACAAGCAACUCAUGAAAAAGAGGGAUACCAAACCAAUGACGGUUUGUGAACCCUUCGUCCUCCGAACUUUACAGAUCCCAACUCACAGGAACAAGAUCCUGGCAGACAUACAAUCAGAUGAAAGCAGACUUAUGGAGAGCAGCUGGCCUUGUAUUUCACCCGACAGCCAGUCAAAACCAAGAUGUUUGAGUACCAGGUCUUCUCUGCCUGGAAGUCAGGAAUUGUGUCCUACUAAAAUCACUGAAUCGGUUAAAAGACGACAAGAAGCUGUAAGGAAACUAGAGAAACAGAGGAAGAAGGAAUACCUGGAGGAGAUGCAGGAGAGAGUAAGUGAAAGGCCAUUACUGUUGGAACAAGUAACUCAGAAAAAUGCCAAAAAGGCAGCAGAGAAACAUUUUGCUGACACACUGAAAAAGUAUGGAUUAAGUGAAGAUUUUAUUGACAUUAAAGUUCGGACAGCUCAGAAGCUUUUUGAUGAGUCUGUCAACGGAGUGUACUUAACGAAUGAGGAUCAAGAAAGUCUAAAAGUGGAUCCAGUUGAGCAAGCGGAAUCUCCUGCAGACCGAGAAGAGUAUCAAGAUGAUUAUGAAGAUGUAGAUGAAAGUGAAAGUGUUGAAAAAUAUGACAGGGAACGAGAAGUAGAAGAUGCUAAUGCAGGAGAGCAAUACAGUGAAGACAAGGAAAGUGAUAGUGAAGAUCAGGAAUCCCUUUGUGACACAUAACUUAGGCUCACAUCUGUUGUAGAAAUUGUUUAGUAGUUAUACAGCAAUUAAUGCAGAAUGAAAGAAUCAAAAAUUUUUAUGACAGAGAAAAAAACAUUACAGUAUUUUUAAAUCAGUGACCCAGUUCUGAAGAGACAGAUCAUUUCAUCUAAUAAGCAAAAGAUUUGUGUUUUUGUUUGUGUUAUGUCAUGAGUUUUGAUCUUGUUCAAACAGUAAUUGAUCAUUGUAGCAUAUCAUGUGUUUUAUUUUGGACAUCUAUCUCAUGCUAGAGGCUGCAGAGUAUCUUAAGGUAUGGUGAGAACAACAGUAAAAUCCAACUACAGUUAGCUAAAGAGCCCCUUAAAAAGCCAGUUACUCUGGAAACAGGUACUGUAGAGAUGUAACAAAAAUGACAUUAUUUCAGUCAGAUGGAUUUGCAACAGCAACCAUUUAAUCCCUGUGGCUAUCUAUUAAAUAAACAAUAUCUUCUGUUGACAAAAUAUCCAUAUAUCAAGAAAAUGUAAUUCAUUUUUAACGCUUAUGAGUUCUCUGAAAUAAUAAAAACAUACUUUUAAAAUCCUGUUAUACGUAUUCACAGAUGUAAGGGUUAAAUAAAUGUCAGUAGCCAUCUACAGCAUUCUGUUUAUUAAUCUGCCAAUAUGUACUGUGUAGUAAUGGGAUGAGCAAUUCAAAUGGUCAAAGUAAGGUAAUGAAAUGAGGCUAUAUUGACAUUUUGGGGCUGUACGACUAAAUUACAGGUUAAAAAAACAAGCAAAAAAACGUAGGGCCCUUCUUGUAUAAGUCAAGAAAUGUAAGAUUUUUUUUUAAAUUACAAAAAGGACUUAUCCAGAAUUGGCUACAUAAAUUUAGGUAAAGAAACUUCAACAAGACAUAAAAGAUUCCAAUCCUUUAUUUUGUGAUUUAUACUCAGAAGGUUAAAUGGUCUUGUGAGUUGUCCAGGAUAGCAAAGUCAAAGCACCUUUGGGUACCCGCUUUUCUCCUGCAGACAGCAUACUACGUGUAACGGUACAAGAAAUUGUACUCAUUAUGUACUCAUCCCGACAAUGCAGUGGUACAGGCUGGUAAGGGUUGUGUCAACCCAGGGUGGACUCUUCACAAAGAAAAACCCACAGAUAUACACACAUCAAUAAUGCUGGAGGGAGGACAUUGAUUAUUGCCUUUGUGCCAGUUCCUCUUAACCCCUUAAGGUACACAAGGAAUUGAGCGGUUGUUCAAAGGGUUUCUUCUUAAAAUACAUUGAGACUGAUUCAAGUAUCACAAGGAAACUGACAAUUUGGAUGAUCAGAUCCAACCUGUCAGUGAAUGUUAAACCAUGUUUCGUGCGCCUCAUUGGAAAAAUAAGAAUGUUGGCAUCCUUUUAUUUGUGGGACACAUAUGUCCCUUGUACCUUAAAGGGGUUACCAGCCAAGAAACACCUGGUAGAAUCAAAUCUUAAAUCCAUUUGGAUUGUAAUUAGAAAACUACUGUCUGACCCUGGACUUAACAUAUACAUAUAAGUUUAUACCUCACCUGAAACAUGUUUAAUCAUGCUUACUUGGUAUUUACUAUUUUUUGGUAAUCUAUUUUCCCUUCCCUUUACAUGCCUUUCAGACAACGAGUCAAUGUUCUUAGUUUAUUAUAUAACAAAAACUAUUAUUACUCUCCGUAACAGGGCGAGGUGCCCUGUACAUUGUUUUGUUUAUUUAUUUUUAGAUCGGGGUCUCCCCCUCCGCCCCUGUGCAGUGUGUUUUUGUAUUUGUUAUUGUUUUGUUUAUGUAUUUGUGACGGCGAGGCGCCGCAGGUUUUGUUACUGUUUUUGUAUUUAUUAUUAUUAUAUAUAGAUGACAGCAUAGCCGUUUGUUUGUUAUUAAUUAGUAGCGUGGAUGGGAAGCCCCAUCCACAUGGUAUUUUAGAAAACUCGUGCAGAUUGUGGCCGAGGGGUAAUAGAAUAAUUAAUUGCAAGCUAGUUAAACCCCUCAGCCACGAUAUAAAAAGGCUGCAGCUCUCCAGUUCGGGGGGUGUGUUGAGAGAAACAAGACAGAACGAAACAAAUUUAAAAAAAGAUUCCAGGAACAGUGACAGCAACUGCCCAGCCUGACCUGGGAUCAUAUUAUUUUGUGUUCGUGAUUAUUUUUGUUUACCCUUUUAUUUUGCUCUGUGAGCACAGUUUCUUUUUGUUUAAACUUUUGAUUUAUUUUUGCUGAAUAAAAACGGCACAGCCUUUAACUGCA